AUGGUGACAUGUGAAGCGGGUGGUGGGCGCAAGGCGGUGUGGUGCACGUUGUUCAUGUGCGCUGUCCUCCUCCUCCUCCCCUCCCCCCUCCGCAGGUCCGACACGCACGACUCGCUGGGUUGCCAGCGCUGCCCCUCGCGCCCCUGGCUGCAUGCAGCCGGCAGGGGAGGCUGCCACGUGGUGGGACAGCACAAGGGCGGGCAAGGUGUGGGAGGGAAGGGUGCAGGUGGUGGUGGGAAGGGGGCGAAGGUGGAGAGGCGAGGGGGAGGGUCUCUAGAGGAGCUGGCAGCUGCGGCUGCUGGGAAGGGCGAGGGGGCGGGACAAGGAGAGGGAGGAGUGAGAGGAGGGGAGGAGGAGGGGGAUAGGGAGGAGGGGUCAAGUGGAGUGGAGAGUGGGGGAAGGGAGAAGGCAGAGGUGGAGGGGAGCGAUGAGGAGGAUGUGCAGGCGGGGCGGGGGAGCAGCGGCGGGGGGAAAGGGGAGGGCGAGAGUGACAUUGGGGGCUUUGCGGAGGUGGCAAGGGUGGUGGGGAAACUGAAGGAGUGGGAGAAGCAGGUGGGUAACCCAUUGGAGGAGCAGCUUGACCAGUGGGCGCAUCACAGCCGUCCAUCCGCAACCAUCCCUGACACGGCAUUACAGAAGGCAGCCUGUCUCGAUGUAACUCAUCUCACCACAUGCGUUUCCCACUUUCCCAUCUGCGACAACCUUUACUUUCUUCCACAUCCCAUGGCUUUUCCCUUUCUGCUGCUGCUUCACCCUCUUUCCCUUCACCACGCCACACUCCUCCCUCACACCCUCCUCAACGCCUACCACGUCCGUUCCUCCCCCACCACCCCCCGGGCGUGCAUGCAUGCGGCACCAUGCGCAGGUGACGUUUGUCUUCUCCUGCCAGAUCCGUGGCAUGCUCGCCCCCAUCGACUCCGCCCCGCCCCUCUCCACCCGCCCCUCUCACCGCCCCCUCUCUCGCUUGCCCACCCGCCUGCCGCUCCGCCCUGCUGCUGCGGUGGGUGCUGGGAUGGCAGCGGCAGGCAGAUUGUGGGGAGGGGCACUGGGGGGCCGGGGAAGAUUUUGCAUGAGGGGCCGAGGGUGGGCAGUAGGAGCGAGACAGUUAGGGGGCCAGCCAAAAGUCUGUGCAGAGAUGGGAGGAGUGGUGGGGAGAGGAAGAGGAAACAGCGAAGGGAGGAGAGGAGUGGGUUUUUGUGCAGGCCCAUCCUGCUGGUGCACUCCCCGCCCUACUGCUUCUCUGGCUCGCUGCUCGCCACUUCCCUUGCUCGUCACCGCACGAUCAUGCGACUAAUAUCACAAACGUCGCAGUCGCUGCAAAGCGGCGUGCGACGCCACCUCUCCAGGGACUCCCUCGCCGGACCCACCCAUCGCCAGCCCCCGUCGUGCCUCGCCGCCCUCCGCCCUCUCUCCUCCAACCUCUCCCUUACUGAUCAUCGCCCGCAGCGCGCCAAUGCUCGCCUCAUUCCCGCGGCGCAGCUGGCCCAUCACGUGUGUCCCGCGGAAGCGGCAACCCAUCGCGCGCGCUGCUCGCGGGGACCAGUCGAUGCGGGCACGGGCGUGCUCGGCGCUGGCGCCUUCACUGCUGGCGCUGGGGGCUUCAGAAGUCGGUGUUGGCCUUUCAUUGCGCCGUGCAGAGCGGCGGAUCUAAAUGGCGCCUUGUGCGCUGAGCGCGGGAGCGCGGCGAUGCGCCAAGCCUGCACCCGCGGUCGGCCUCGCACACGGCGGCCACACUCCCACCGCCUCCGCGUGCAGGCGGUGGCGGUGGAGCGGAGAGCGCCAGCCGCGGGGGCGACUGAUAGCGGGCUGCAUUGGCCGCUGGCGGGAGGGAGGAGCGGCGGGUUGGGUUCGGGUGCAGGACGGAGCGGACGGCGGGAUGGCGGCGUGAGCAGCGGGCGGAGCGGAAAGCGCAGAAAGCGAUUGCCGUUCCUGUCGCCGCCUCGAGACGACGAUGCGAGGGCUGGCGACAAUACCGACCUUCGCAAACAAAUCGUUCAGUCGGCGCCGCGUGCGACAGUGGACGAGUUGGCGUCGGCUUCCCAGAUGGCGCGGCUGUCGGCGCUGGUGUACCACCGCGACCCCACGCCGCACGUGAGCGCCUUGGGGUUGACGCUGCGCGCGUGCCAGCAGACGCCCUUCACGGCGUACAUGGUCGUCGACUCGCCGCCGUGCCCGCGCGAGGGCGGGCGCACGCGCUACGUGAUAGCGCGCGGCGUGGCGGUGGACCGCAGCGAGGUGGACGUGGGGCGGCUGUGGCGGCAGCUGCUGCAGGUGCGCCCGGUGCACCUGGAGCGUGCGCUGACGCCGCCGGGCGUGGAGCUGCUGGUGCAUGGCGGCGUGCACGCCAUCGCGGAGGACGUGUACCGCGGCGUGCUGCCGCUGCUCGCCGCUGACAUGCGCCGCGAGGGCAUCACCCACCUGCGCUUCGGAGGGCACUCGCUGGGCGGGUCGCUGGCGCUGCUGCUGAUGCUCAUGUUCCACCUGCGCGCGCCCAACACGCGCGCAGACGCCUCCCCCCUCCACCUCUCCGCGCACACCUUCGGUUCCUUCCCUGUCCUCGCGUCGCUCUCCUCCUCGCCCUCCCCCUCCGCCCCGCAAAGCCUCUCCCACCAGUUUGCCCACUCAUCGGGCGACCUCUCCCGCCUCCUCGCCUCUGCACACGCGCACCCCUCCUCCCCCCUGCUGCACCGUGCUGCCGGCCGCCCUCCCACCGCUCACACCACCGCCUCAUGGCCUCACAUGGCUUCGCCCCAUCUGCAUGCCCCUCCCCCCGGCCUCCUCUCCUUCCCUCAUGCACCGCCGCUCCACCCCUCCUCGCCGUUCAGCAGCAGCAGCAGGGGUGCAGCGCGGUGCAGUGUGCUGGCGAGUCUGGGCCUGCCAAGCGAAGCAGCGAGGGCGUUUGUGUUGGACCGAGACAUCAUCCCGCGCGCCUUCCUGCUCGCCCACCCCCUCUGCUCCGCCUUUGCCCGCACUCCCCUGCUGCGCUCGCUGCUGGGCCUCCACCCCUCCACCAGCGCCCCGCCGCUCUCCACAGGACUGUCCUGGGACCCGCUGGCCUUCCAAGCAGUGGGUCUCGUGCACUACAUGCAGGCAACAGGGUCGGAGUCGAUGGUGGCGAGUCUGCCGCCAGCGCUGGCGGAGAAGGCGCUGGCGAUGGGCGUGGGGGAGCUGGUGCGCGACCCACUCAUGCUGGCGCGCUCCAUCCGCGACCACUGCUUCAACCAUUACGUGCAUUUUCUCGACUCUGCGCUGCAUGCUGCCCGCCAUACCACACUCGACUGA